AUGGCGACAAACCCGCAUAUGGAACUCGACCCCAAGUACGAUCACUACGACUACCCUACAACAGCGCCUGAGACCAAGCCUGGCCAUCCAGGACACACGACCAAGGAACAAGAUGCUGCCGUGCAUCAGCUCCGUACUAUGCUCGAGCAGGAUGGUGUCAAGGACAGACUGGACACUCUGACUAUGCUCCGCUUCCUGCGAGCACGCAAGUUCGACGUACAGCUCUCCAAGAAGAUGUUCGAGGAGUGCGAGCAAUGGCGGAAUCAGUUCGGCGGCGGUGUAGACAACCUCGUACAGAACUUUGACUACAAGGAAAAGCCGCAGGUAUUCGCAUACUACCCGCAAUACUAUCACAAGACGGACAAGGAUGGCAGACCCGUCUACGUUGAGCAGCUCGGCAAAAUCGAUCUUGGCAAACUUCGACAAAUCACCACCGAUGAGCGCAUGCUAGAAAAUUUGGUGGUUGAGUACGAGAAGAUGGCCGAUCCACGAUUACCAGCAUGUUCGCGUAAAGCGGGAUGCUUGUUAGAGACCUGCUGCACGAUCAUGGACUUGAAGGGAGUGGGUAUCAGCAAGGCUGGAGAGGUGUACGGAUACCUGCAGCGAGCGUCGGGCAUCAGCCAGAACUACUACCCAGAGCGACUCGGCAAGCUCUACAUCAUCAACGCGCCAUGGGGCUUCAGUGGUAUCUUCAGUGUGAUCAAGCGAUUUCUGGAUCCAGUCACGGUUGCCAAGAUUCACGUGCUGGGCUCCGGAUACAAGUCGGAGCUGUUGGGUCAGGUGCCAAAGGAGAAUCUGCCGUCUGAAUUCGGUGGUAACUGCAAGUGUCAGGGAGGUUGCCAGCUGAGUGACGAGGGUCCAUGGAGGGAUCCACAAUGGGCGAAGCCGGCGGCUUGGGAGAAGAAAGGCAACACCAUUCCGGCAACAGAGAGCCAUGUCGGUGAGGGGAUGCCGCCACCGGCUUACGCGCCAGGUCAUGGCCAAGGCCAGGAAGUACUUGCUGAGAAGGGUGCCCCUGUCACCCACUGA